AUGGGGUGUCGUCAGCAUCGCUUAUCACCGCAGUACAUGCCACUACCCACUCCUGCUUCUCAGUGGAAAGGGACUUCUUCAAAGGCAGAUGCAAAUGAUAUCACACAGAGUGUAAAUAUGCCAAGGGCAACAAGUUCCCCAACCGCCACCAAAGAGCAGACAUUUCGUACAGAAAGGUGCAAAAGUGAACAGCUUACCCCCCAGCAAGAUGUAUCGUCAACACCUCAGUCACCCCCUGAACCAAGUCAUACCCAGCUUCAGCAAGUAUUGUUGCAAACACUUCAGCAUCUCACCCAGAAGUCAGUUUGCCAAGUGCCGCAACCUCAGUUGGCCGAAUCACAACCAGACGAGGCUCCCCGGCAAGCCAUCGCAGAUGCACUUAAACAAGGUCCCACACUUCCGAAAAUAGAGUUGAUGAAGUUUGGAGGAGAUCUGUCUGAGUAUGGUGAGUUUGUUGCCAAUUUCCGUGACAAUAUUGAAAGCCAGGUGUCUGAUGAUUCACAAAGACUUACUCACUUACUUGCUCAGUGUGUUGGAAAGGCGAGAGAUGCUAUUAAAAGUUGUGUUAAUCUUCCUGUUCGUCAGAGAUACAAUGCAGCCUGGAAAACCCUGUUGAAGAACUUUGGACAGCCUCACAUGGUGGCUGAUGCUCAUAUGAGAAAGUUGAGGGAGUACAACCUGAGAAGAGUCGAUGCCACAAACCUCGUGCUAUCAGUGCUCUGGACCUCAUGCGAUUUGGCAUUGCGAGGUUUUUAG